AUGUCGUCACUCGAAAAUGCAAAAAACGCUAAAAUCAACACCCAUGGAGCACUAGAUCCUAGGCCCUUUCUGUGUGAAAACACCCUCGAACCCUACUACUGCAAGGACUGCAACUUCACGACCCCUUUGGCCAUUCUUUACAAGCUACAUUUCAGACAAUGUACAUCUGAAAUUAAACCGACUAUCAGUCAACGUAUUAUUAUCACAAACUACAGCUGCAAACGCUGCUAUUUUGAGACACAUUUCUCGCUACGAUGGCUCCAACACGUAGUCGACUGCCCCCCAACGAAACCACGAAGACACCCACAAAUAAAAAAGUGCGACUUUUGUUCCUAUACGACAACGGGGAAGUCCAGUUUGAGACGACACAUCAAUUACAAGCACGCAACAGGUGACGAAAUCCAGUGGUUCAAAUGUCAGGUUUGUGUUUUUAGAACGAAAGAAAAGCAGCAUUUGUCCAGACACAUAAUUAACAAACACACUAGUAGCGAAAAUAUCCAGUGGUACCGGUGCGAGCGCUGCCAAUACAGAUCCAAAAUCCACUACAAUUUAAAAUUGCACGAAAUAAGAAUCCACGGAAAGAAAGAAGAAGCAGGUUGGUACCAAUGUCAACACUGUUUUUACAAAGCCAAAACGAAAUCCACUUUAAAGGAGCACGAAGUGUCAAAACACGUCAAAGAUAUCAGUUGGUUUAAGUGCUCCCAUUGUGACUACUACACGAAAUUUAAACGGUGUUUAGUGCUACACAAGCUUCGGAGACACGUCAGAGAAGAAGACACUCAGUGGUACAAAUGUGACCUGUGCCCACACAAAGUGAAAGUGAAGAAAGACCUCGAGAAGCACAUGUUUCUGAGACACACGGAGCCCGAAAUCACCAAACGGUUUAAAUGUGACCAGUGCAGUUUUGCGACGAAGCUGAGCGACGGUUUGAGGCAGCACAAAAUCUACAGACACUUGAAAAGUGAGGAGAUUCAGUGGUACCAAUGUGAAAAGUGCGAUUAUCGAGCUAAACGUAAGGGGGCGUUAAGUGCACACUCUUUGAUACAUCGGGACAAAGAACAAAUUAAAUGGUUUCAAUGUGACUUCUGCGCACACAAAACUAAGCGAAAGUACGACUUGCGCAAACACGAAGCCAAAAUGCACGGAAAUAAAGACUAA